GUUGGCCUCGCAAUAGGAAAUUUCUUCAUGCCAGAUGUUCUGUCCCGAUCAAUGACUAUGGUUUCCCUCUACGUAGUCAACAUUUCGUGUCUCAUCGUCCUGCUGCUAAUCAACUAUCGCAUUACAACCGCGAUUGCUGGAACUGGUGCUGCACUAGUUCUUCUCCCAACGGUCCUCUUCGAUGCGCUCGUUACUGUCACCGAUGUAUGUGGUGCCAUGCUUUUUGAUUUGGAACAUAUCUUUAAUAUAGAACGAUGUAAUGACAGCUUGUAUGUAAAAGUCUUCUACAGUUUUAUAACGCUAUCUUCAAUUUUUGAAUUCCUUGUGCCAUUGUCUCUGUUGUUGUCACAUCCUGCAUAUCGGCGGCAUUCACUGUUGCUGUAUGAACGUCAACCUCUUCGAAUGAUGCAACAGCAUUCGGUAGUGAAGGACAAAACAUUACCAAAGGUAAUCAAUGUUCUCGGCAUAGAGAUCGCCAAUGCAAGCGAGCAGGCGUAUUUCGAGAACCUUUCACGGGUUUGGAAUCUUCGUUUGUAG